AACCCAGCGAUGUUCCGAUCCGGUGGUAGAAAGCGAGGACCGGGAUACGUAAACCCCGAAGGUCACAUGCAUUGGACAAGUGAGAGUGUUGAAACAGGGGAAGAAGAUGAGAGGGAGAUCUAAGAGAAGAGGAGGCGGAGGAGGAGAAGCGAGCUUCAGGAGCAGAGGCGAACAAAGCUUUCACGGUGGAGAUCUCAACCGACAGAAAUCACAAAGAAGCCAGAGCUUACAGCAGGAGUGUUUGUCUCAACGGAACCAACGAUGGGUUCAUGUUCCUUCAGCAAUAUGCGAAGCUCUGAGAGCGUUUGGUUCUGAAUUCAGCUGCUUCUUCAGUUGCAGGUCUUCUUGCGGAAGGGAAAAACAUUCGGCCAAGGCAGAAGAAGAAGGGACAGCAGUUGGAAGUUGGCUGGUGACUCUUCAAGAAGGGAGUGAUCCCCAUAAGGGAAGGGAGAUUGAACUUAUAAUGGGAGGUAGUGAAGAAGAUGAAACCCAAGGAGACAACAAUAACAGCCCUGAGAGAAGCAACAGAAGGAGGAGGCACGUGUUUGAAGACAUUGACAUCGAUAUAGACAAUCUCAAGAGUGAGGAGGAAGAGAAAGCUAGAGUUAGCAUAUGCAUCCCUCCAAAGAAUGCUCUGUUGUUGAUGAGGUGCAGAUCUGACCCUGUCAAAAUGGCUGCCCUCGCUAACAGGUUUUGGGAGCCAAGUGUUCAGGCAACACAAGAAGAUAGAGAAGCUGAAGAGGCCCAAGUGCAAAUGGAAGAGGACUCUAACAAGGAAGUGGAAAACAAUUACAAUGUUGCGAUUCAUGAUGAGAGUGGAAAAAGUACACUUGCUUUUGUUAGUAAAGAAGAAACAGAGGCAGCAAAUAAUGAAGGCAAUCAAGUGGUUAUCGAAGAAGCGAAAGGAGAUGUUGAAAAAGAAGAGGAAGCUAUUGGAGAAGUGACUAAUUAUGGUGAGGAAAACGACGUCGCACAGAGAUCUGAGCUUUCUUCAACUACUGCACACUCUGCACCUUCAGUGAAAAUGACUUCAGAGGAGAAACCCAUGGAAGAAGAAAAUAGGUCAAAGGAGAGAGAAAGUGGAGCAUUACCAGAAUGCUUGCUUUUGAUGAUGUGCGAACCGAAGCUGUCAAUGGAGGUUUCCAGGGAGACGUGGAUCUGCACCGCCGACUUCGUACGGUGGCUGCCGCCGAGGCCAGCGGCGAAAUCCAGUGGAGGAGAUCGUCAACACAAGAAGCGGAUGGCCGCCGUGGACAACAAGCCGCCGCCUCCGCCGACGGCGGCUGUUCAGCCGCAGCAGGUGCAACCGGGGAGGUCAUCGUUCUCGUUUCCGGCCGCCGCCGUGGCGUCGGCGGUAGGGACAAAUGCAGGAGAAGGUUCGGCUCUAAAGCGGUGCAAGUCGGAGCCGAGAAGGUCAGCGGCUAAGCUAGCUCCGGAAGCGUGUUCAUGGAACAAUAGGAAGCUGACGGAGCCACCUCCUCCGGCACCGGUUGGAGUUGGCGGCGCAGCGGGGGUUGGAUUUUGAUCUCAAUUUUUUCUUUUCCUUUGAUUUCUUUUCUUUUCUUUUCUUUUCUUUUUCCAAUCUCUCUACGUCAACAAAAUAAUGUAAUUGUUAUGCUCUGUAUAUUAUUGCAAAACUUUCUCUCUUCUCCUUUCUCUGCCA